UGCUCCAAAGCAAGGUCACUGACCUCAAGUGAGACUGUAGUGGAGAAGAAAAAGAGAGAGAGAGAGAGAGAGAGAGAGAGAGAGAGAGAGAGAGUAUGGAAGCUAAAGUCCUCUUCUUCUUUGUUCUGUUAUCCCUAUCAGCUGUGUCUCUCAGGCCAGCUUUUGCAGAAGAUGAACAAGACCCAGGUCUUAUUAUGAACUUUUACAGGGACACAUGUCCUCAAGCUGAAGACAUUAUCAGAGAACAAGUUAAGCUUCUCUACAAAAGACACAAAAACACUGCUUUUUCAUGGCUAAGAAACAUCUUCCAUGACUGUGCUGUGCAGUCAUGUGAUGCUUCACUGCUGUUGGACUCAACAAGGAGGACCUUGUCUGAGAAGGAGACCGACAGGAGCUUUGGUCUAAGGAACUUCAGAUACCUUGACACUAUCAAAGAAGCUGUAGAGAGGGAAUGUCCUGGAGUAGUUUCUUGUGCUGAUAUUCUUGUGCUGUCUGCUAGAGAUGGCAUUGUUGCGCUUGGAGGCCCUCACAUCCCUCUGAAAACGGGAAGAAGAGAUGGAAGGAAGAGCAAAGCAGAUGUGGUUGAACAAUACCUACCAGACCACAAUGAAAGUAUUUCUGUUGUUCUUGAGAGAUUUGCAGCUAUGGGUAUCGACACUCCUGGAGUGGUUUCCCUGCUAGGAGCUCACAGUGUAGGUAGAACUCACUGUGUGAAGCUGGUGCACCGUCUAUACCCAGAGGUUGACCCAGUGCUAAACCCUGACCAUGUUGAGCACAUGCUCUAUAAAUGUCCUGAUGCAAUUCCUGACCCUAAGGCAGUGCAAUAUGUAAGAAAUGACCGUGGCACUCCUAUGGUACUUGACAAUAAUUACUACAGAAAUAUUUUGGACAACAAAGGCUUGUUGAUAGUAGAUCACCAACUAGCCACAGACAAGAGGACAAAGCCUUAUGUAAAGAAAAUGGCCAAAAGCCAAGAUUAUUUCUUUAAGGAAUUUUCUAGGGCUAUUACCAUUUUGUCUGAGAACAACCCACUCACUGGUUCAAAGGGUGAGAUCAGAAAGCAAUGUAAUGUUGCUAACAAGCUCCAUUAGAUAAAGCUCAAAACUUUUCUUCUUCGUUUAUAAAUGAGGGAGAGUUGAAUAAUAAGAUGGGUAUGCUUUGAGUUUAAAAUUGGGCACUUUGGUAGGGACUGGUGAGUGGGAGCUAUUAGUGGUGGUGACUAUGGUGAUUACUUGCACUACUCUUUUUUUCAGCCUGGAUAGGUUUGCUUCUUUUGUUGUUGAUGUUGGUGAUGGGCAUGGGGAAUGUUGACAUGUAUGUAUGUAUGUAUGCAUGGAUGGUGUAUGAUGCAGGUAUUGCAAUUAUCUAUGAUAAGUUAUUGAUGAUUCAUGCCUUUAAGCUUAA